AUGGCUUCUUUGCCCUCAGUAGCUAUCACUGGCACUCUCAAGCUUGAACCUGAACUCAAGAAACACCCCUCGACCAGCGAAAAGAGCCCCAACAUUUCGUAUCAGAGAAGUUCUAUAAACACCCAAUUGGAUGCAAAUUUUGAACCAUUCAACCCUUUUAAACCUUUGGAGUUUCGCGAAGCGCUCUCGUUGAUAAAUGAGGGAAAACAAAUUGAGUCCUCUUAUUAUGUUCCUCUUUUACAACAUUGCAUAGACAAGGUUUCGGUCCCAGCGACUGAAAUGGUUCACGCUCACAUGAUAAAGACCGGAACCCAUGAAGAGUUUUUUGUGAUGUCAUUUCUUGUUAAUGUUUAUGCAAAAUGUGGGGUUAUGGUAAAUGCCAGAAAAGUUUUUGAUAAUUUGCCUAGAAGAAAUGUUGUUGUGUGGACGACUUUGAUGACAGGCUAUGUUCAAAAUUCACAACCUGAGGUAGCUGUUGAGGUUUUCGGAGACAUGUUAGAAUCUGGGUCUUUUCCUUCAAAUUUCAGUCUAUCAAUUGCUUUGAAUGCUUGUUCUUCUUUGAAGUCUAUCACAUUGGGGAAACAGUUCCAUGCCUUCAUUAUUAAGUACCGGAUCAGUCAUGACUCCAGUAUUGGAAAUGCUCUUUGUAGUUUGUACUCAAAAUUUGGCAGUUUGGACUCUUCGGUUAAAGCCUUUCGCGAGACCAGAGAAAAAGAUGUAAUUUCCUGGACGACAAUUAUAUCUGCUUGUGGUGACAAUGGCAGAGCAGGAAUGGGUUUAAGACUUUUCACUGAAAUGCUUCUUCAGAAUGUUGAGCCUAAUGACUUCACACUAACUAGUGUGUUGAGCUUGUGCUGCACUAUACAGUCUUUGGAUCUGGGGAGGCAGGUUCACUCAGUGAGCACUAAGCUUGGCCAUGAAUCAAACCUGCGCAUCACAAAUUCUCUUGUGUAUUUAUACCUUAAAUGCGGAUGCAUUGACGAGGCGAAGAAUUUGUUUAAUAGAAUGGAAUAUAAGAACUUGAUUACGUGGAAUGCAAUGAUUGCAGGUCAUGCACAAGCAAUGGAUCUUGCAAAGGAUAAUUUUUCAGCGCAGCAAAGUGGUACCGAGGCACUCAGCAUGUAUUUGAAGUUGAAUUGCUCUGGUAGGAAACCUGAUCUAUUCACCUUGUCAAGUAUCUUAACUGUAUGCAGUAGGUUGGCGGCCUUAGAGCAGGGGGAACAAAUACAUGCCCAGACUAUUAAGUCAGGGUUUUUAUCAGACGUAGUUGUUGGAACUGCACUUGUGGAUAUGUAUGAUAAGUGUGGGAGUAUUGAGAGGGCAAGGAAAGCUUUUCUGGAGAUGUCCACAAGAACUUUGAUAUCUUGGACUAGUAUGAUUACAAGUUUUGCACGUCAUGGUCAGUCUCAGCAAGCACUGCAGCUUUUUGAAGACAUGAGGCUAUCUGGAUUCAGACCAAACCAGAUUACUUUUGUGGGCGUUCUGGCUGCUUGUAGCCAUGGUGGAAUGGUUGAUGAAGCACUUGAAUAUUUCGAGAUGAUGCAAAAGGAAUACAAAAUUAAGCCUGUAAUGGAUCAUUAUGGAUGCUUGGUUGACAUGUUUGUGAGGCUGGGUAGGCUUGAUGAAGCUUUUGAUGUCAUCAAGAGAAUGGAUGUAGAGCCAAACGAAUUUAUAUGGUUGCUCUUGGUUGCAGGGUGUAGAAAUCAUGGGAAUGCGGAACUGGGGUUUUAUGCUGCUGAACAGUUACUCAAACUCAAGCCCAAAAGCACCGAAACUUAUGUCAUCUUAUUAAAUAUGUACAUCGCAGCAGAGAGGUGGGAGGAUGUUUCUAUGGUUAGAAAACUGAUGAAAGAGGAGAAAGCCGGAAAGUUAAAGGACUGGAGUAGGAUCACAGUUAAGGGAGAGGUUCAUUCAUUCAAAACAAAUAACCGGUUGCAUAACUGCAAUGCAGAGCUUCACACACUGUUGAGUGAUUUAGUUGACAAAGCAAAGAGUCUCGGGUACGAGCUAGUAAAAAAAAUGGAGGUAGUUGAUGACGAGGAAGAGGAAGCCGAUGAGAAGACAUUCUCUUCCACUGUUUACCACAGUGAGAAGUUGGCAGUAGCAUUUGGGUUAUUGAAUACGCCCAUUGGUGCACCAGUAAGGGUCAUUAAAAGUGUUACUAUGUGCAAGGAUUGCCAUGAUUUUAUGAAGGUUGUCUCAUCGCUGACCAGCAGAGAAAUCAUUAUUAAAGACAGGAAGCGGCUUCAUAAGUUUGUUAAUGGACAAUGUUCAUGUGCAGAUUCGCAUGGUCUUCUUUGA